UCCUGUUUGCUCAGAGAGGAGCAUAAAGCCGGCUUGCUGGGGGUGAACAGGGCCAGACAGCGUGAGGAGUGAGGUAGGGUCAGCCUGGGCUCCUCCCUUCCCAGCAGCAUGGGGAAUAGCAAACUUCUCCAUCCCAAUCUUCUUCUCCUCCUCCUGGUUCUCCUGCCCACAGAUGCCUCCGCCGCUGCAACACCACACUACGUGGUGCUGGUCCCCUCCUUGCUCCACUCCGGAACCCCUGAGAAAGGCUGCCUCCUUCUGAGCCGACUGAACGAAACGGUGACUGUGAGGGCUUCCUUGGAGUCUAACAUGGGAAAUAGAAGCCUCUUCACUGACCUGGUGGCUGAGAAGGAUUUGUUCCAAUGUGUCUCCUUCACAGUUCCCCAGGCUUCAUCCCCUGAGGAGCUCAUGUUCCUCACUAUCCAAGUGAGAGGACCAACGCAUGAAUUCCAGAGUCGGAGAACGGUGCUGGUCAAAAACAAAGAGAGUCUGGUUUUUGUCCAGACUGACAAACCCAUCUACAAGCCGGGGCAGACAGUAAAAGCUCGCGUUGUCUCACUGGAUGAAAACUUUCGCCCCCUGAAUGAGUUGUUUCCACUAAUAUUCAUUCAGGACCCCAAAGGAAAUCGCGUCAUGCAGUGGCAGAACAUCAAGCUAGACCAUGGCCUCACGCAGCUCGCCUUCCCCCUCUCGUCAGAGCCUCUUCAGGGCUCCUACAGAAUAGUGGUGCAGAAGCAAUUGGGGAGGAGGAUAGAGCACCCCUUCACUGUGGAGGAAUUUGUUCUCCCCAAGUUCGAAGUGCAAGUAACCAUGCCACAGAAAAUCACUAUCCUGGAAGAAGAGUUUACUGUGUCAGUCUGUGGCCGAUACACAUAUGGAAAGCCUGUCCCAGGAAAUGUGACUGUGAGCAUCUGCAGAAAUUAUAACAGUCCUUCCCUCUGCUUUGGCCAAGAGUCACAGGCUUUCUGUAAGAGAAUCAGUCAACAGCUAAACAGCGAAGGAUGCUUCUCUCAGCAAGUGAAAACCAGCGCCUUCCAGCUGAAGAGGAAAGACUAUGAAAUGCACCUCAGAGUGGAGGCCAAGAUCCGAGAGGAAGGAACGGAUGUGCAGUUGACUGGGAUAGGGUCCAGUGAGAUCACAACCACCAUCACCAAACUCUCCUUCGUGAAAGUGGACUCACACUUCAGACCGGGAGUCCCCUUCUUUGGGCAGGUGCGCCUAGUGGACGGGAAAGAUGUCCCGAUGCCACGUAAGGUCAUCACCAUCUCGGCAGCUGAAGCUAACUACCGCUCCAACGUCACCACAGACGAGGACGGCCUGGCGCAGUUCUCCAUCAACACCACCGAGGUCGUUGGCAUCUCCCUGAGCAUCUGGGUCAAAUACAAGGAUAGCAGCCCCUGUUACGACUACCACUGGCUGUCGGAAGGAAAUGAAGACGCACGUCACACUGCCAAUGCUGUGUUCUCCGCAAGCCACAGCUUCGUCCACCUGGAGCCCAAGCCUGGGAAGCUGCCAUGUGGCCAAACUCAGACGAUCCAGGCCCACUAUGUUCUAAAUGGACAGGAGCUGAAGGAGCUCGUCUUCUAUUAUCUGAUCAUGGCAAAGGGAGGCAUUGUCCUGUCUGGGACUCAGGUGCUUCCUGUGGAGCAGGAAAACACGAAAGGCCAUUUCCUCUUGUCAGUCCCCGUGGAGUCCGACCUAGCGCCUGUUGCUCGAGUGCUCAUCUAUGCCAUUUUACCUGACGGGGAAAUGAUUGGGGAUUCUGCAAAAUAUGAGGUCGAAAAUUGUCUCGCCAACAAGGUGGGUUUGAGCUUCAGUCCCGCGCAAAGCCUUCCAGCCUCAGACACGCGCCUGCGCGUCACAGCUGCGCCUCAGUCCCUGUGCGCCCUGCGGGCGGUGGACCAGAGCGUGCUGCUCCUGAAGCCGGAGGCCGAGCUCUCCGCGUCCUCGGUUUAUGAUCUGCUACCAGUAAAAGACCUCACUGGCUAUGCUGGGAGCCUGAAUCUGCAGGAAGAAAACAAUGAAGACUGCAUCAGGCCCCACAACACCUACGUUGGUGGAAUCCUGUAUUCCCCAGUAUCCAAUACAAAUGAAAAAGAUAUGUAUGGCUUCCUACAGGAUAUGGGCUUAAAGGUGUUCACCAAUUCAAAAAUUCAGAAGCCCAAACUGUGUGCAAUUGUCCAGCACUUUACUCCAGUUCCCAUGGCAUAUGCAGGGUAUCCAGCAGGAGGAUCUCCAUUUCGGAGUGGAAUGAGCGCGGCCUUCCCAAUGGGAAGCAGUCCACCCCCUCCAAAAGAGAUUGUUCGGAAGUACUUCCCUGAGACAUGGAUUUGGGACUUGGUGGUAGCAAAUUCGUCGGGCGUGGCCGAAGUCGGAGUCACGGUCCCGGACACCAUCACCGAGUGGAAGGCCGGGGCCCUCUGCCUGUCCCCGGACGUGGGACUCGGCCUUUCCCGCACCGCCUCCCUCCGCGCCUUCCAGCCCUUCUUCGUGGAGCUCACGAUGCCUUACUCCGUGGUCCGUGGGGAGGCCUUCACGCUCAGGGCUACCGUGCUGAACUACCUGCCCGACUGCAUCCGGGUCAGCAUUCAGCUGGAAGCUUCUCCCAAAUUCCUAGCUGUGCCUGUGGACAGAGACCAAGAGUCUUAUUGUAUCUGUGGGAAUGAGCGGCAAAUGGUGUCCUGGGCCGUGACCCUGAAGUCACUAGGAAAUGUGAAUUUCACUGUGAGUGCAGAGGCCCUGGAGUCUUCAGAGCUGUGCAGGAAUGAAAAGACCGUGGUCCCUACCUAUGGGAAGAAAGACACAGUUAUCAAGCCCCUGUUGGUUGAACCUGAAGGAAUAGAGAAGGAAGUAACAGUCAACUCUCUGCUGUGUCCUGCAGGUGCUGAAGUAUCUGAAAAGUUAUCCCUGAAGUUGCCAUCCAGUGUGGUAGAAGAAUCUGCCCGAGCUUCUGUCUCCAUCUUGGGCGACCUACUGGGCUCUGCCAUGCAGAACAUACACAAUCUCCUCCAGAUGCCUUACGGCUGUGGAGAACAAAAUAUGGUUCUGUUCACUCCUAACCUCUACGUUCUGGAUUACCUAAAUGAGACACAGCAACUCACUCCAGAGACCAAGUCCAAGGCCAUCGGCUAUCUCAGCACGGGCUACCAGAGACAGUUAAACUACAAGCACCAGGAUGGCUCCUACAGCACCUUCGGGGAGAGAUAUGGCAGGGUCCUGGGCAACACUUGGCUCACGGCCUUUGUACUGAAGACUUUUGCCCAGGCUCAAAAAUACAUCUUCAUCGAUGAAGCACACAUCACCCAAGCCCUUUCCUGGCUCUCCCAGAGGCAGAAGGACAAUGGCUGUUUCCAGAGCUCCGGGUCACUACUCAACAAUGCCAUAAAGGGAGGAGUAGAAGAUGAAGUCACCCUCUCUGCUUAUAUUACCAUUGCCCUUCUGGAGAUCCCGCUCCCCAUUACUCAUCCUACGGUCCGCAACGCCCUGUUUUGCCUGGACUCAGCCUGGAAGUCAGCAAAGGAAGGCGCCCACGGCAGCCAUGUCUACACCAAGGCACUGCUGGCCUACGCAUUUGCCCUGGCAGGGAACCAGGACAAGAGGAAAGAGAUACUGAACUCCCUGGAAGGCGAAGGUGUGAAAGAAGAUAAUUCUAUCCACUGGGCACGGCCUCAGAAACCCAGGGAACCAGAGGGACAUUUGUACCAACCCCGGGCGCCCUCUGCCGAAGUGGAGAUGACGGCCUACGUGCUCCUAGCUCUCCUCACAGCCCAGACAGCCCAGACCCCAGCGGAGCUGACUUCCGCAGCACGCAUUGUGAAAUGGAUCACAAAGCAACAGAACUCCUACGGUGGCUUUUCCUCCACCCAGGACACAGUGGUAGCUCUCCAUGCUUUGUCCAAAUAUGGAGCUGCUACUUUUACCAGGACUGGGAACGCUGCACAGGUGACCAUCCGGUCUUCAGACACAUUUUCCACCAACUUCCAAGUGGACAACAACAACCGCCUGUUACUACAGCAGGUGUCACUGCCGACAGUGCCUGGGGAAUACGAAGCGAGAGUGACAGGGGAAGGGUGUGUCUACCUCCAGACAUCCUUGAAAUACAAUGUUCUCCCAGAGAAGGACGCAUUCCCAUUUGCUUUGGAGGUGCAGACUCUGCCUUCAGCCUGUGACGGACCCAAAGCCCACACCAGCUUCCAGAUCUCACUGAACGUCAGUUACACUGGGAACCGUCCUGCCUCCAAUAUGGCCAUUGUUGAUGUGAAGAUGGUGUCUGGCUUCAUCCCCCUGAAACCAACAGUGAAAAAGCUUGAAACAUCUGACGACGUGAGCCGAACUGAAGUCAGCAACAGCCAUGUCCUGAUUUAUCUGGAUAAGGUCUCAAACCAGACACUGAGUUUGUCCUUCUUCAUUGUGCAAGACAUAGAAGUAAGAGAUCUGAAGCCAGCAAUAGUUAAAGUGUAUGAUUACUACGAGACAAAUGAGUUUGCAAUUGCUGAGUACUCUGCUCCUUGCAGCAAAGAUCCCGGGAAUGCUUGAGAGCCACACAUUUGAGAAGUCCUUUGGGGGCUGGAGGCCCUGUUCUUAAGAC